CCCGCCCAUUCAAACUUUGUUGUUGUGGGAGGUUAUGUGUUUCGUCUUUCAGUUUGUUUACUUUCUUAAUGACAAAAUAUUUCAGGGUAAUGGACUAGCGUUACUCAAUCUUCCAAUUAGUAUACUCCUUUAUUCAAAUGCCAGAAAUGGGAGACAGCGAAGAAGCGUGGACAGUUGACUGUUCUGAUGAUGAGUCAAACAGUUCUACUAAGCUUGAACCAGUCCCUCCGUCUUCUGAAGUUAUUAGAAUGUAUGAAGCAUUAGAGAGCAAUGGACCUCUUCCUAUCCAGUGGAAGUGGCCUCACGGGAGAAGAGCUCCAACAGAUUCAUCAGGUUUCAUUGAAGAAGAUAUUGAAGAGACAGAGGAAACAAAAGUGGAGGAAAAGUCAGAUUUUGACUUCAUGGACGAAGCUGCCACCCCUGUGUUAAGAAAAGGAAAGGCUUCAGGACCUAAGGGAAGUGCUAAGAAGAAGACAUCAAGUUUCUCGGGAAUUCUAUCCAAUAUAAAAAGACAUCGGCAGCAAGAACAGUUGGAGAAAGAAAAGUUAACUGUUAGGAACAAACGUUGAGAAUAGCUUAAAAUGUAAAUGCAAUUAGAUACAACUUAUUUAAAUUUGUUUUUAAGCAACAACAUGUGAUAAUAUUAUGACAGGAGAUUGUUGAAGACUGAGAUGCAUUUCUAAUAGGCGAUUCUUUCUGUUUCUCUUUUCUUUCCCCUUUUGAGAUCAUUAGGGACAGUUCUUUUAUCUAAUAAAAGUAUCUGUCAAGUCCUUGCAUAACUCACUAGUUUCCCAUGAAGAAUAUUUUUAAUCUUCUCCCGGUUUAUCAAAACCAUAUUUUAAAGUAUUUUGUUGUUUCAAUCAAUUUUUCACUUGGCGUAUAUGUUGGCCAUGUACUUGAACUCCCUGCUUUCCUGUCAAAGAUAUAAUGCUCGUAUAGUUAUGAUAGAUUUUUACUUUUAAUAAUCAUUUUAUGUAUUAUGAGUGCAACGGUGUGCGUGUGUGCAAUAAUUAGUCAUAUAGUGUUAUUGUAUUACCAAAUGUCAAACAUUGAAAACUAUUUUCGAACUAACGGUGACAAAUGUCCCGGUUUUGAAAAUUAUAUAUUUUUUUUUUUUGCAAUGAA